UCAAAUAAAUCUUGUCCGUGAACUUGCCGGUCUUCCAAAACUUUCCAAACCUUCCUCUCAACAGUUAAAACAAAGGAAACGUCAAUCGAUACAUUCAUAUUCCGAUUCACCAGUAUACCAACAUGACAGUAGGCGGAAUUCUUCAUAUUCGCAAAAUAGUAGGCGUGAAUCUCUUGCAUCGCAACGUUCGCAACGGUACAAACCACGACGUUCAUCAUCCACUUCUUCAAGAUCAUCUCGUGAUCAAGCCAGGAUGCCGACCUCGCCUGCAUCACCCACAUCGCCGACUUUAUUCUCGAAUAGGUCAUCUUUCAGCUCAAAUGUUUCCAUUAUUAAUGAUGAUUAUUUUUCCGAGAGUGUUCCGAUGCACCGAAAAAUCAGCUCUUCCUCAGUGUCGACAACUUUAAAUGAGGAUAACGAAUCAUGUAAUAGAAGUUUUAGCAGUAAAUCUCAAAAGGAAGGAAACAUUCUACUUUUCAAAGAAGAUUAUAUCUAA